AUGGCUGAGCCUAUCGUCCACGAUUGUUUCGAACCCAAGACCUCGACUUGGCAAUACGUUGUUGCUGAUCCGGCAACAAAGACGGCCGUCAUCAUCGACUCCGUUCUCGACUUCGACCCAGCCACAAACACCAUCUCGACGAACACGGCCGACAAACUCUUGGAGCUGGUGAAAGAGCAUGGAUACACUAUUACCAAAUUGCUCGAGACCCACGUCCAUGCAGAUCAUAUCACGGCUGCGAAAUACCUCCAGUCACGUCUCUCAGCCCUGCAGCCGGAUCAGCCACGCCCGGCAAUCUGCAUAGGAAAGCGAAUAUACGAAGUCAGCGACCAUUUCGCGGCCAAGUUUGGCAUCCCCGUGGAGGAAUGCGCUGGCGCCUUCGACUGCCUCCUUGCCGAUGACGAGCAGUUUGCCAUUGGCCAGCUGACGGCCACAGCACUGCAUCUCCCGGGCCACACUCCAGACCAUCUUGGCUACAUGAUCGGAUCCAACAUCUUCUGCGGCGAUUCGCUAUUCAACCCAGACGUCGGGACCGCCCGCUGCGACUUCCCCGGUGGCUCUGCGCAGGCUCUCUACGCUUCUGCCCAGAAGCUGCUGUCACACCCGGGCCACAUUCGCAUCUGGACAGGGCACGACUACCCCCCCGGUGACGAGGCGGGCAGAGGCCAUCCUAAGCCUUACACGACAGUCGAGGAGCAGUCGGCAAGCAACAAGCACCUAAAAACCGGGGUGCAAGAGCACGAGUUCGUGGCGUGGAGGUCCGAGAGGGACAGCUCCCUGGCCGCGCCAAAGCUCAUCAACCAGUCGUUGCAGAUGAACAUCCGGGCCGGAGCGAUGCCCAAGCCGACGGAGGCGGGCGACCGACUCCUACACCUCCCGCUCAAGGUGACCGGGGAGCUAUGCCUCAAGCUCAAGGAGAUCCCCAAGCCGACCCCGGGCCCCGGCGAGGUGCUCGUGCGCAUGCUCGCCGCCGCCCUCAACCACCGGGACCUCUUCAUCCGGCAGCACCUCUACCCGAGCAUCUCCUUCGACAACCCCCUGCUCGGCGACGGCUGCGGCACCGUCGUCGAGGUCGGGCCGGGCUGCUCCCCGGGGGCCGCCGAGCGGCUGCUGCACCGCAGGGUCGUCCUGACGCCCUCGCGCGGCUGGGCCUCGGACCCGGCGGGCCCCGAGGACGCGGCCCAGUUCUCCACCAUCGGCGGCAGCACCGUGCACGACGCCGGCACGGCCCUCGAGUACAUCGCCGUGCCCGAGGCGGAGCUCGAGCUCGCGCCCGCGCACCUCUCGGCCGUCGAGGCGGCGGCCCUGCCGCUCGUGGGGCUCACGGCCUGGCGCGCCCUCGUGACCAAGUGCGGCGACGCCGUCGCGGCGCCGGGCCGCAACGUCCUCGUCACGGGCAUCGGCGGCGGCGUCGCCCUCGCGGCGCUGCAGUUCGCCGUCGCCCGCGGGUGCCGCGUGUGGGUGACGUCGGGCGACGCGGCCAAGAUCGAGCGCGCCGUGGGCCUCGGCGCCCGGGGGGGAGUGUCCUACCGCGACGCCGACUGGGACCGGCAGCUGGCGGCGCAGCUGCCCGCCGACCGGCCCUUCCUCGACGCCGUGGUCGACGGCGCCGGCGGCGACGUCGUCAAGCGCACCGUGCGGCUGCUCAAGCCCGGCGGCGUCAUCUCGUCGUACGGCAUGACGGUCGCGCCCAAGAUGGACUGGCUGAUGCAGGCCGUGCUCAAGAACAUCGAGCUCAAGGGCUCCACCAUGGGGUCGCGCGUCGAGUUCGCCGAGAUGGUCGAGUUUGUGCGCCAGCGCAAGAUCAAGCCCGUCGUCAGCCGGGUGGUCGAGGGGCUGGACAACCUCGAGGGGAUCGAGGGCCUGUUCGAGGACAUCAAGCACGGCAAGCAAUUCGGCAAGCUCUGCAUUCAGAUCUCGCCUGACGGCAGCGACACGCCUUCAAAGCUGUGA